GGUCGCUGCUGGCAGCGCCAAGAUGGCGGCGGCCAUGGCGGCGCUAGGCGCUGAUGCGGCCGCGAUCCGCGCACCGGCGGCCCUGUGAGCGGGCGGGGGCUGCUCCCGGCGCGGCGCCGCCUCCCCUCAGGCAUGGCCGGAGCGUUGUAGGAGGGCUGCGAGCCGCGGAGAUGCCGGGCGGGGACACGCCGCAGGGGAGUGCCUGAGAUCGUCUGGGAACACGUUGUGUGAAAAGUAGCCAUGGUGUCAUGGAAAGGAAUAUACUUCGUAGUUGCACUGUUCUUGGGAAGUUUUUUUGGAAGUAUUUUCAUGCUUGGUCCUUUUCUACCUUUGAUGUUUGUCUCCCCGGCCUGGUAUCGCUGGAUCACUGACUGUGUUGUGGCCACCUGGCUCACACUUCCAGUGGCCUUGCUGGAGAUGGUGUUUGGUGCCAAGGUGGUUGUCACUGGUGAUGGGUUUGUUCCUGGAGAAAGGAGUGUCAUUAUCAUGAACCAUCGCACCCGAAUGGACUGGAUGUUCCUGUGGAACUGCCUGCUGCGAUACAGCUACCUCAGACUCGAAAAAAUCUGUCUCAAAUCCAGUCUGAAAAGCAUUCCGGGAUUUGGUUGGGCAAUGCAGGUUGCUGCCUUUAUUUUCAUUCAGAGAAAAUGGGAAGAUGACAAGAGUCACUUUGAAAAAAUGCUGGACUAUUUCUGUGACAUUAAUGAACCACUACAGCUCCUUAUCUUUCCAGAAGGAACUGAUCUCACAGAAAGUACCAAAGCCCGCAGUAAUGACUUUGCUGAAAAGAACGGACUUCGAAAAUAUGAGUAUGUCUUACAUCCACGAACUACAGGAUUCACAUUUGUGGUGGAAUGUCUACGGGAAGGUAACAAUCUCGAUGCUAUCCAUGACAUAACCGUGGCAUACCCCCAAAACAUUCCUCAGACAGAGAAGCACCUUUUGAAUGGAAACUUCCCCAAGGAGAUUCACUUCCAUGUCCAGAGAUACCCCAUAGAGACAGUGCCCACUUCUAAGGAGGAGUUGCAGCUUUGGUGCCAGAAGCGUUGGGAAGAAAAAGAGGAGAGACUCCGACACUUCUAUGAAGGUGGAAAGUGCUUUGACAAAACAAGGCAAAGCGUUAUUCCACCGUGUAAAUCUGAACUCAGGGUCUUUGCAGUUAAGUGCAUCUCGCUUCUGUAUUGGACAGUGUUCCCACUGGGUAUGUUUGCACUGCUGUACCUGUACCGCUUUGCACGAUGGUACUUUGUGGCCAUGAUAGUCUUUUUUGUUGUGCAGCAGAAAAUAUUUGGUGGGCUGGAACUAAUUGAACUUGCUUGUCAUCGAUAUUUUAAAAAGCAACAGAAAUUUAUCAACACAAAAAUAAAAAACAACUAGCUCUUGGGUAGAGAAGGAUGUAAAAAGGCUUGAUUUUGAGACAUCCUGUGAAUUCUAUGAACAGGGAAGAAUUUUUGCAUGAGAAUUGUCUUUUACUAUCACCGUUGUCUGUUAGACAUUUGCACUUAGUUCUGUGAAAAGAAAGAAAAACAUUAGUUAUUGCUACAUGUGAAAAUGAUAGUUUUUAUCUCAAUAUAAUUUCAACAUUGUUCUUGCAAGCAGCUAGCAACUGCAUCCUGCUGUAAUUAAGAAACACUUUGCUGGAUUAUUAAACAAUCAAAAGGAUGUUAAUAACUUUGAUAUACAUUGAACUUUCAUAUACAAAUCCAAACUGUCCAGCUAAGAAAGAGGUAGGAUUUCUGUGUAAUCACAUUAUUAGAAAGUGAGCACCAGAUUUGAAAAGCUGUUAAGUUUACCGAUGGUUCGAUGGUAAGUACAAGUUGGAGGAGGAUAUUUUGUUUCUUUUUUUUUUGCUAUUUCAAAUAUUCAAACUUACUGCAAAAUACUUUCACUGAAGCUUUUCUGAACACUACUGAACCUAGCACACUAGUCACCUGUUCUGGCUCAGUCGAUCAGAAGGUUUUUUUAAGCCUUGCAGCAUUGUGUUUUAGUACAGAAAACAGUGCUGGCUCUGCCUCUGUUUAAGUCUUCACAUUAUUUAAUAGACCUGUGCAAGAAGGUUUUGAUUUCUUGUUGUUUUUUUCAUACUGCUUUGGUUCCCUUCUUAGCUGUGAGAGGUUUGUUCCUACUGUAGUAUACAGAGUUGCAGGAUAGGGGAGCUGGGCUUUUUUGGUUGUUGAUGUUGUUUUAUUGGUGGUGUUUUUUUGUGUUUUUUUUGGUAGAGGUAAAAAUAAGUGUCUGUCUCUGAGUAGCUGGCAAAUGUUUUCUCAAAGAGGUCUCACUGUAGACAUUAUCUAAUUGCAAAUACUUUUUUUUUCUUUUUUUUUUUCCAGAGAAGCUAUCUUUUCUUUGGAGUGUUUAGUUCUGUUUUCACAUUGCUUCCUUAGAUAUUUCAAUUGUCUAAAUGCUGGACAGUUGUCAAAAUACUGGGCAGGAAGACUGUCUUUUCUGUGCAUGCCAGCGAGACCUGCUGAAAUGCAUCUGAUGCAACAGGUGGCUCCGUAUAGGUACUACAAGAGAUGGGGUUCAGACUAUCACAGCACAUAGAAAUCGAGUUACAUCUUCCCUUUGCACUAUUUUCAUUGAUUGUCUGAUUACAUCAUUCCUUUCCAUACUCACUUGCAAUUUUACAUUGCUUUUUUGGGCCCCAACUUUCCCUUUGUUUCAUGACAUUCAGAAAACCUGGAGGUUUAAACUCUGACAGUGUAUUUUGCAAGUGUACUUCUUGUUGUAUGUAAUAAGAGUAAUGAUCAUGGUCACACACUAAAAGGCACAAACAUUGCCAGCACUUAGGAGACACUUCAGAUUAGAUUUCUUGUUAGCCUCAAAAAUGUUAGACCACCUGGUCAAAUGUAUUGCUGCAAAACUUUCCUGACUUUUGAGUUAAACCCAAAUGGCCUGGCUCUGUAUGUUGAGUUGCAUUGCUCCGAAAUGUAAAUGUGCAGAGUGCAAGGUGUAUCUUGUACUGUGCUGCCCAUCUCAAGCACUGGGGUAGUACUGUGGCACAUCUGUUUUCUUCUACAUUACAACACUUAACAUGUUUUCUAAUAUGUUUGUAUCAAAGGCCAUUUUUGUAAUGGAUCACCAGCCUCUAUUCAACUGUCCCUUGCAAGGUGACAAGUAUUUUUUAAUCCGUGCUAAUAAUAACUGUUUAUUAUGCAGAAAGUACUUGAAGCUAUCUGUUUUACUCUAAUUUUUUAACCCUUUUUUUCUUAAAAAAAUAAUUAGAAGUAGAUUUAUAUUUAGGAUUAUAUUUCUUAAUGAUUUUUUCAUAUUUAUAUUUGAGUACCUAAAAACUUAAUAACUGGUGUUUUGUUGCAGUUCUUGUGCAGUAUGAUGACAUUUGUUAAUGUAAUCCUGUGAUAUCAAAGACAUUUAGGCAAAAGCUUAAAUCUGCAUAGCUUGUGGGGGUUUUUUUUGCUUUGUGCUGUGCUUUCGUGCAGUUCUCUACAUGUCCAGGUACUGUCAUUGCAAGAGAAAAUCUAAGAACUUCGUUUAUAGUUAAUGCAGAGGAGACCUAAAAGACUUUUAGUUUGUCCUGAGCUGCGGUUGUGCUUUCACACCAUAUGUAAACAUGGCCAGACUACUCCAAUAGCCUAAGUAUAGGAAUCAUUUCAUUCUUCAGGAAUCAUUUCAGAGGGUAGGUUACAUGAUGGUGACAUAAAUACCAAUUACACCUUUUUCAGUCAUUCAGAGAACUUUGUGAUGUCAUAAAAUGAUUCUGUGAAAUCUCUGUGAAAAUGUAUGAGAAACAUCAGUGUGAGUCUUAGUCACAGAGCUGAAAGACUUCCUGUAUAUUUUUAUGUGUUUGAUUAGAGUUGUACUCUGAAAAUGAAAUAAAAUAAAUGAAAUAAAAUCCCUUAAAAGGGAUUUUCUGUCCAGCCAGAGCCAAAUAUGUAACCUACUGUAAUGUGGUAAACAUCCUACAAUUCUGCAAUUCAGAUUGAACAGAAAUAACUUCUUGUGAGCUGUAAAUGCCACAUCUGCACUGCCUGACUCCAUAAAGCAGGGUAGCACAUGAGAAAUGAAGAAUCCUCUUCUUGCAAGGAAGGGUGUUGACUUUGAGACAGAUGUAAAUUUCCAUAUUAUGUGCAUCAUUUUUCAAUUUAAUUAGAAUUGCAAGACAAAAAAUGUUUAAAAGGUGAUUGAAGAGCUGUGAGAGAUCUUCCUGUGAAUUUUUUUUUUCCUCUUUGGUCAAAAUGUAGCUUGUACUCAAAAGGUUUUAAUAUGCAGAUUUUGGGGAGAAUAUCUUGUUCUUAUUCACCCUGUUUCCUUAUUUGAACUACACUUACUAGGAUGUGCUGGGUAAGUUACUUUAAAGUGUUUUCAAUGCUGUUAGAUUAAAGGUGCUAAUACACCAGGAAUCAAACACACCUAUCUUUUGUGGACCGCAUUUUGCCACCAAGAUUUGUCUUACUUAUUAGCAUGGUUUGUCAUGGCUUGCUUAUGUCCUCUUGUAGUCCCAGUAGCCACACUGUUCAACAGUGACUACUCCUGCUACAGCACCUCCAUCUCUGCUAGGUCUUCCUUAUGUUAUUUGAGGGAAAUGACAAGAUUUUCUUGCUUUUGAAGAUACUCUUUGUUUGUUCAGUCGAAUGUUUCCUCUUCAGCACUGUGGGUUUCUUUCUCUUUUCUCAGAACUGAAAGAUUACAAUCCUGUCCUCUGUGUGUGUCCCUAAAUUCAUCUGGGUAACAGAACAUCAAACCAAGACAUUUCUCUUAUGUUCAAUGCUGCAAGGCCCCAGGCUGCUCUGUGAGUUCUUGUCAUGAUCAUACAAAAUGUGGUUCCUAGUUUUGUGCAUUGAAUCAAUCUCCGUUGUUUAAAAAAGAUCAGUGUUUUUAUAACUUGAUUUUAUAUGAAUGUUGUAGGAAUGAAAACACCAGGACACUACAAACCUACAGAAAAACUUAGUUUUCAAAGUUCAGUGAUUAUAUUAGGAUAUUUUAACCAUGUAUCAAUUACUCUACAGCCGCAAUAAAGACCUGAAGCAUUGCAUGGG